AUGAGUACCAUCAAUGUAUUUACUACCUCAGGACAAUCAAUACAUUACUUGAUGCAAUUUUUUGUGGACUACUUUCCUCAGGGAGUAGCACUUCCCAAUCUGCUGCAGGGGGUCCAUUCCCUGAGAGGUAGGCGUUCAACCCAAGGUGACCUGCAUCAGCAUCAAAAUUGUCAAUUGGUUCAUUAUCCUCAAAAGCCUGUUGGACAUCCAAUGGCCAUGGGCCCUCCUCAAGUCUCUUUCUCUGCUCACGUUAAUCCCUAUACUCUCAGUUACUGCAGGUCACCUCAUUGUCAUUUGCAACUCAGCUGUCUAAGGAAUCUCCUAAAGCCGAUUAUACUAGAGGUGUUUAUUAUGCAUCUACUUUGGAGGAAAAUCAUAAGCCAACAGAACAGAAGUGCCUGUUAUUCAAGGAGGAUCUUUCAUUCACACCAGAAGGUCCAACUCCUAUACAUCAUCAGCAUGGUGUUGCUGUUCUUCCUUGCGGCCAUACAUUUCACGACCACUGAUCAAAAAAGUCAUUGCAUUCCUUGUGCCAUUGGUGAAACACGAAGUUUGUCGUUUCUUGCUUUCUCUUUUUGGGCUAGUACCAGAAAACAAAUUGAUUUCCAAACUUUUGUUAAGGAAAAAAAGAAGGUUUAG